CCCCAUUGGCCACAUCUCAAGAGGUCGGAGACAAGGCCCGCGCGCCCAUUGGACGCGGGGCGAGGAAAAGACGCGGCCUCACGCUGGGGCGUUGACACGGAAGUGGGUCCAGGUCCUGUACGUCGUCUGCGCCGGAACCUGCGUACACCCCCUCGUGCGAUCUGAUUGGCUAAGGAUAGCGCGAAUGGGCCUAUCAAGAGGAGUCAGGGGGAGGGUUCGCGCUGCCCAUUGGUCCGAAGGCACUUCCCUCAGGCAGGGAGGCGGACUGUGCGAGGAGGAAGCGGCUAGAAACCGUGCGGCCACCCGGAUGGGAUGGAGGCGGCAGCAGUGUAAAGGUCUCAGAGAUGCUUGCGUGCUUCAUUACGGCGCUUAGAAGGAAGUCUUGCUUGAAUAAGGAGCUCUAAGAAGGAGAGACUGGAACGUCACAUACUCGCAGUUGUUUGUAGAAGUAUUAUUCUGCUUUUUAAGCCUUGAGAUAUAUAUAUAUAUAAAGGAAAGUUGCGUGGGACGGAAUACGUACAUUGGGCACAAUCGGAUUCGCACAGCUUAGCCACGUUAUCUUCCAAAAGACCUCAGGUCUGGUACCAUGAGCACAAAGCUCUUAAAACGCUGGAUUCAUCUAUCGGAUUAUAAAUGUAACGCUGGAGAGAAGAAUCUGAAAAAGUUUGUUACGAUAAGGGCAGACUUGCUACAAGAGCCUGGAAACCUGGCCGGCGUCCGGCACAUCAUCCUCGUUCUCUCGGGAAAGGGGGGUGUUGGGAAAAGCACCAUCUCCACGGAGCUGGCCCUGGCCCUGCGCCACGCGGGCAAGAAGGUGGGUAUCCUCGACGUGGACCUGUGUGGCCCCAGCAUCCCCCGCAUGCUCCGGGUGCAGGGCAAGGCUGUGCAUCAGUGCGACAGUGGCUGGGUGCCUGUCUUCGUGGACCAGGAACAGAGCAUCUCCCUCAUGUCUGUGGGCUUCCUGCUAGAGAAGCCGGAUGAGGCAGUGGUGUGGAGAGGCCCCAAGAAGAACGCACUGAUAAAGCAGUUUGUGUCCGAUGUGGCCUGGGGGCAGCUGGACUACCUGGUUGUGGACACGCCCCCGGGGACCUCUGAUGAGCACAUGGCCGUGGUGGACGCCCUGCGCCCCUACAGCCCCCUGGGGGCCCUCGUGGUCACCACGCCCCAGGCAGUAUCCGUGGGGGACGUGAGGCGGGAGCUGACCUUCUGUAAGAAGGUGGGGUUGCGGGUGAUCGGGGUCGUGGAGAACAUGAGCGGCUUCGUCUGCCCACACUGCGCAGAGUGCACCAAUGUCUUCUCCAGGGGAGGCGGCGAGGAGCUGGCCAGACACGCUGGAGUCCCCUUCCUGGGCUCUGUGCCCCUGGACCCCGAGCUCACGCGGAGCUUGGAGGAGGGCCGAGACUUCAUCCAGGGGUUCCCCGAGAGCCCCGCGUUUCCUGCACUCUCCUGCAUAGCCCAAAAGAUUCUGAACGAGGCGCCUGUUGGACUCUCCUGACCGAGGCAGUUUGAGUGUCUCCUCUGUGUGCUGUGGGGCUCGUGCUCACAGCCCGGAGCAGAGGUGGCGGCACGGUUCCUGGAACCCGUGGCCCUGGGCUGCCGUCACCAUGUGCUCCUCUCCCCGUGGGCCUGCCCUGGACAUUUCUGGUGCUUCAGCAGCAUCUCAGCAUCAGAGCCACUGACAGUCGGUGGUUCCGCCUGGUUGGCCUGUGGCAGGGCCCGGGGAUAGCGUGAGGUCGCGAUGCCGUGGCCUGACCUCCCUGGUGGUGCAGCUCGGUACUCACAUGCCCCAGACAGACUGGCUGCUCCCGACAGCCAGGUCUCCACGUUGUUCACAAAGCUUGUGUGUCUGGGAGCGCACUGGGCCUGUAAUCCUGGUGAAACAGGCAGCAGCACCCAGUAAGGUGUCAAACUUGUAAUUCAGAGGAGCCCAAAAUAAAUGUGUCCCACUGCCAUGGUUA